AUGGCGACCAACAUGACAAGUCCGAUUAGACUGCCUAUGAUUGAUCUAUCGGAUCCCGACACUGCCGCCGCGGGAAAAUCGUUGUUAAAUGCUGCUAUCGAGCAUGGAUUCCUCUAUAUUGAUAGUAGGACGUCGAAUUUUACCAAGUGCGACGUGGAACGAGUGUUCAAAAUGAACAAGGGAUGGGUUGGCAUGCAUGUUGAAACGCUAGACCCGGAGAAUCACAAGGUGGGUAUUCGGUCCCAGCACCUAUGCUUACCAUAUUGGUUAACUAAGCGCGGGGACUUUAAAGAAGCCUUGAAUAUUGGUGAAUUGAACGACGGAAAAUUUCAACAGGCCUUGCCUCCAACUCUUCUUUCCCAGGAGAAAGAGAUUGCUCAUUUUACACGAUUAUGCAAUGAAACAUGCGCUCAAAUACUAAAGCUUUUGAGUCAAGGGCUAGAGAUGCCAGAGAACUUCUUCACGAGUCGCCAUGAUCCAUCUAAAGGCCCAACAGGAAAUUCGCUUCGGCUUCUCUUCUACCCGUCUGAUGUUUCGUCAUUCCGACCGGAGAAGGACAUCCGUGCUGGUGCACAUUCUGACUACGGCAGUAUUACGCUACUAUUUCAGUAUCCUGGCCAACCGGGUCUAGAGAUCUUAACGCCGGACCAAAAAUGGGCUCCUGUCCCCGUGUACCCAGGCGACUUGAUUGAAUACCCAUUUCCACCAAUAUUGGUCAAUAUCGGCGAUAUGUUGAGUUACUGGACCAAUGGGUUGCUCAGAUCAACUGUUCACCGCGUUGUCUUCCCUCACGAGAUGCCGGAAAUUUCAGAAUCAAAACCUCGGGAUCGUUACAGCAUAGCCUUUUUCUGUCAACCUGUUGGCAGCACAGAGCUAGUUCCAGUUCCCAGCAGGCUUGUGGAAAAUCAUCGAGAAAAAGGAAACAAGAACUCCAAUAAAAGUUUUGUCGUUGGUUACGGAGGCGGGGCUAACAGUCUAGAUUCCGACCAGCCUCGAAUGACAGCCAGUGAACACCUCCAAUUAAGAUUGAACGCAACAUAUCUGAACAAUAGUAUUUAG